AUGGCAGCGGUCCGCGUCGACCCAAAAGCGAUGACAGUAACGGCGCAGGCGGGAAUACGAACAGGAAAUCUGUACUACGAGAUCUUCCGGGCCGGACGCGCCGCGGGCGGCCGCAACCUCACUUGCCUCGGCGGCACGUACCCCCAGAUUGGCUUUGGCGGCAUCCUCGCCGCGGGCGGCUACGGCGACCUCAGCCGCAAGUACGGCCUUUUGUCCGACUCCCUGAUUUCGGCCACUGUGGUGGACGCCAAGGGGCGCCUGCUGGAAGCCAGCGAGAAGCUGAACCCGGACCUGCUGUUUGCACUCAAGGGCGGUGGGGGCGGGACGUAUGGCAUCGUGGUGGAGGCGACUGUUAGACUUCUGGAGAUCCCCGUGGUCACUGUGGCUCGGAUCAAGUACGCCAACCUCGAGAAGGCGGUGCAGCUGUUUGACAGGUACCAGAGGUGGGCACCAGGCGCCCCGGCUGAGCUGACUUUUGGUUUCAACCUAAAGCCCGACAAGAUUGACAUCAACAUGCAGUACCUCGGGCCAAAGAAGGAGCUUGACCGCCUGCUGAAGGACGAGUCAGGCCUCAUCCUGCCAGGCGCGCUCUAUGAGGCGGCAGAGUGCGACAUCCAGGGCUACCGAGGCUGGGCGAUCGAGUCGUCGGUCGUGCCGGCGGGGCCAAAGGGGGGCUGGAAGACGGCCAGCAACCUGCCGCUGCCGCCCUACUGCUCGCCACCCGAGGCGACGCGCGUGCCGCAGCGGGUGAGGCCCGGCGGGCCGCUGGCGUUCAUGUCUGAGGCGGCGCAAUACCGCUCCGCGCUCUUUAAAACCCCGAUCCCGAUCUCGGGCGUGGAGGCGUUGAAAGAGGCGUUCUCCGCGCCCACAAUUCGCGCGUGGCGUCAAAUGUCAUGCCGCGUCUUGGGGCCGGGCGUAACAAAGGUGCCGCCCGCCGCGUCGGCGUUCGGCCACCGGGAAGCGCGGCUGAUGUGCGAGUGGGGGGUGUCUUUCGGUAUGCGCCGGACUGCGGCGCAGCAGCCGGCGGCGGUGACGGCGCCGAUAUGGGCGUGGUUUGAGCGGACGAGGGGGGUGGUAGCGGCGCUCAGCGAGGCCCGCGCAGAGUACAACGGAUGGAUCAACAGGUUUGACAGGGUGGAGAACUAUUUCGGCACGAACUACCCGAGGCUGCAGCAGAUCAAAAAGAAGUACGACCCCGAUAACGUCUUCUUCAACAGCCUGUCGGUAAAACCAGCAAGGCGGUGA